AUGGACCGGGCCCGGGGCGCCGGCGCGGCGCGGGGCCCCGGCCUCGGGGCCCCGGCAGCGGGGGCCCCGUCGUCGGGCCGGGCAGCGACGCCUCCCCAGGAAGCCCGGGGCCCCCAGCCUCCCGCCCCUCGAAACCCAAAGGCCGCCACCGCCGUCGCCUCCGUCACCGGCCGCUCCGCCGAGAGCCCCGGCGGCGCCGGCAAGCAGGGUCCGGCCCAAACCGGGGUCCGGCCGGCCGGGGACGCCGAGGCGCCCCAGGACCGGAGCCCCGACAAGGCCCGGAGGCCUCAGUCCGCGGCCCAGAGAGGGGGCGGGUCUGUGAAGACGAGCCUGAAGUACCGUAAAGAACUGGAAAUCAGAACUACCCUUCAGGAGCUGUCGAUCUAUAUUAUUUUCCUAACGGACUUGUGUAUUCUGACUUUUGGGAUGGUGAACACAGACAUGUAUUAUUUAAACCAAGUCAUGGCCAAUCUCUUUUUGGAAACUCCUGUGUCUGACAGUGACAGGAUGAAUUUUAGGACUAUCGCCAGCCUGGUUGACUUCUGGAAGUAUGCAGAAGGGCCCCUUCUGGAAGGUCUGUUCUGGGACACGUGGUACAAUAAUCAGACUCUCCCUGGACACAAAAACAACAGUCGGAUCUACUACGAGAACUUACUUUUAGGGGCUCCCCAAGUCCGCCAGCUCAAAGUCCGUAACAACACGUGCACUGUUCACCCGUCUUUCCAGUCGCUGAUGAAAGAAUGUUACUACGACUACAGUUUUAAAGGCGAAGACACAUCAAGUUUCGGCCUCAACAACGGACCAGAGUGGAAGUACUCUGCUUCUGUUUCCUUGUCUCCGUUUCACUGGGGAUCCAUCGGCAUUUACAGAAAUGGGGGCUUUAUCUUGACUUUGCCCUCAUCAAAAUCCAAGAGCUUGAAGAAACUCACUUCACUCAGGCUGAACAGCUGGCUCACCCGUGGAACCAGAGUAGUGUUCAUUGACUUUUCCGUGUACAACGUGAACAUAAACCUGUUUUGUAUCAUUAGAUUGGUGAUCGAAUUCCCCGCAACUGGAGGCGCACUCCCGUCCUCGCAGUUCUUCUCCGUAAAGCUCCUCAGAUACGUGACUUUCUUUGACUAUUUUCUUGCAUCCUGUGAAGUCAUAUUCUGCCUCUUCAUAGUGGCCUUUACAGUCCAAGAGAUCAUAAAAAUCAAACACUUUAAGUUCGCCUACUUCAGGAGUGGCUGGAACUGGCUGGAAAUGCUACUGGUGGCGCUGUCAUGCUUUGCCAUUGCGUUUAACAUCUAUCGAACCUCAAAAGUGUCCCUCUUGUUGGACAAGCUGCUGUCAGAUGACCAGGAAUACCCAGACUUUUAUUUCCUCGCAUAUUAUCAAACUCGGUACAACAACAUGAUUGCGAUCAACGUCUUCUUUGCCUGGAUAAAGAUAUUCAAAUUCAUCAGUUUCAAUAAGACAAUGUCUCAGUUGUCAUCCACCUUGUCCCGCUGUGCCAAAGACAUAAUUGGCUUCGCCAUCAUGUUCUUCAUCAUCUUCUUUGCUUACGCUCAGUUGGGAUACCUGGUCUUUGGCUCCCAGGUUGAAGAGUUUUCCACUUUUCCAAACUGCAUAUUUACCCAAUUUCGAAUCGUCCUGGGCGAUAUCAAUUUUGUCAGCAUUGAGCAGGCCAACCGGGUUCUGGGGCCCAUUUAUUUCAUCACCUUCGUCUUCUUUGUGUUCUUCGUGCUACUGAACAUGUUCCUGGCUAUUAUUAAUGACACCUACUCUGAAGUGAAAGCUGACUUUUCUGUGAUUAAAAGUCCAGACUUUGAGAUCAGCGACCUCAUUAGACAAGGAUACAACAAGGCGCUGGUGAAACUGAAACUGAAGAAAACCACGAUGGAUGAUCUUUAUGAUCCUGAAUUGCAAGACAAGGACUUGAAGGAAAUGGAGGAUUUGGCUUCACUCUCUGGAAGAGGAGUCAUGGACGAAAAGAGCAUUCAGAGCGCGAUCCAGAUGAAAAAGUGGAGAGACAGGCUUCAGCAGAAGUAUUACUCUCCAGAAGAGCCAGCUGCUUUCCUGGACCACGCAGAGCCGGUCAGCCAGCAAGAAUUCCAGCAGCUCUUUUUAUACACAAUUGAGCUGGAGAAGCAAUUACACUACCUCAGUUCCAAGCUGAACCACGUGAUGAAGAAGAUCUCUGCCGCUAAUGAGGCAGCUGCCAAGAAGUGAGCGAGAGUCGUAGCAGUGGAACGAGACCACAAAGAGAAGCCAUCCAUUUCCGGUCGGCCAAACUGUUCGAGCAAACUAUGGGCCAGGGCCUCCCUCCAACGCUGCAAACUGCUCAUCAGACUG